CAAAGCGAUUGAGUCUGUGACGAUCCAUCCAUAUUUGGAUCCGCAAUUUUUUCGUGAACAAAGAAGGAUAGCCCUUUUGAGUGGCAUGGGUGAAUUUGCCCAGCUGGACAAAUUCCUGACACAGGAGGGCAGCAGCAGCAGCAGCAGCAAGAGCAGCCUUUUACCUACGCCGGUCAGCCCUGCAUGGUACGAUCCAGAGAGCAAGAGUUGGUACAGUCAAGAAGAUUUUAGUGGGCUUUCGAAGAAGGAAAAGGAGAGCUUGUUCUCGUGCGUCAUGUAUUGUCAGUAUGCCCCCACUGGCCGUGCUCGAUGUCGCCGCUGUGGUGAAGACAUUCAGAAAGGUGAGCUGCGCUUGGGAUAUCCUUACCGUUGGAGGCAAGCCGAUGAUUGCUACACGCUGUAUCUCCACCCUGAGUGCUACGAAUCUUCCGUCUUCGGCAUCAAGGAAAAAGAUCUGCGCAAGAAAAUCUAUGGAUAUGAAGCGUUGAACAACACUGAGCGAGCUCGCCUCUGGAAGGAGAUGCGCAGCGAAGGGCGCAUGGCAAAGGCAAACAAAGAAGGUGCCAACGCCACGGCGGAGUACUCCAGUGGCUCAGUAGGUGUCGACACCAAGAGUCUUCCUGAAGUGCCGGUGCCCAAGGACAUGGCAGUUCCUAUGCUACCAUUCCAGAAAGAAGGUCUGGCUUGGAUGUGUCAGCAGGAGGAGAGUAGUGUGAGGGGUGGCAUUUUGGCGGAUGAGAUGGGCAUGGGAAAGACCAUCCAGGCCAUCAGCCUGCUAUUGGCUCGACCUGUCAAGGGACCAGCCCUGGUGGUGUGUCCCAUGGCAGCGGUGAACCAAUGGAUGAAAGAAAUUGAGAAGUUCACCAAGAAAGGCACUCUCAAGACUUUGGUCUACCAUGGCAGUGAGAAGGGACGAGUGGCAACGCAGUUCAAGAAGUGUGACGUGGUGAUCACAACGUACCAAACCUUGGAGUCGGACUACCGACGCGAGGCGCACAAGCACCGAGUCAAGUGUAAGUACUGCGGAAAACUGUUCAUGCCAGAGAAACUCACCUUCCACCAGCGCUACUUCUGCGGCCCGAAUGCGGAGAAGACCAAAAAACAGCAGAAGACCGCAGCCAAAAAGGCCAUGCAAUCCAUGGGCAUUGGCAAUUCAAAAGCUUCAUCUUCCACUGAUGCGCCACCCACCAUCACCAACAUCUACCGUGACUUCAUGAAGCAAGCUGGUGUGACUGUCAAGUCCAAGGGCUACUGGAAUGUCAUGAAGGAAACCCAGGAGAGGUUGAAGGGCAGCUCCUCAAGUUCCUCAUCCAAGGGUGGAGAUGAUGUGCUCAGCCGGGAGCGUCUGGCACUGUUGGACCGCAAGGAGUUGGUUGAGCUCUGUGACAAGAAAGGUUUGGAUUCCACGGGCCGCAAGCCCGAGCUGGUGGAUCGGCUCAUGGAUUUCGCCGUGCGCGGCACGACUAGCAAAGCAGAGGAGCCGGUGAAGAAGGUAUCCCUCGCCAUGAAGCUUCUGACAUCUGCCAAGGCCAAGGCCAAGGCUAAAACUGCAAGCGCGAACAAGACCGUGGGCAAAAGUUCCAAGAUGAAAACUGCAGAGCCUGGCAAAGCGGGCAAGCGAAUGCCCUUGCUUCUCCGAAAAGGCUCAACAGCGGCCUCCAAGUAUCAAGGCGUUUCUCCCUUGAAAUCCUCUGGCAAGUGGCAAGCCAGCUAUCAGGGCAAAUAUUUGGGCUCCUUCGACACAGAGCUGAAAGCUGCAAAAGCUGUCAGAGAUGCCGCCGAAGCAGCCGAGAGCAAGGGCAAAGGAAAGAAGGCUGCCGCCAGCGCGGCCUCCGGCAUGGCGUGCACGGUAGCGAGCCGCGGAGCUGAAGCGAGCGGCUCGUCCUCGCGAGGC